UAAACUAAUCCUUACUCAAUAUAAUGAAUAUUAUAAUUGGAAAUCAUCGCCACAAGAAUGGACAUUUCCAUUACAAGAAUGUCUAUUUAGUGGAAUUAAAGUAUGGUGUCCAGCAGAACCAGAAAAACUAGUAGCUAAUAUUUAUGGACCAAUCUCUGUUAAAAUAUCAUCGACAAAAUGUGUUAAUGGUUCAUGGAUAGCAUCGGAUGAAUAUCGAUUGGCAAAAUCAAUGAUGAAUAAUAGUGUUAUCACUAACACAACAAAACUUUAA